CCAUUUAUUAUAAACAAUAUAUUAGUCGACCGGCCGAAAAUGCGGGGAAACGGAUGUUUGCAAGCACUACCGAGGCGACAGUUAUCCUGUGGAUCGGAAGCAAUCCUCUACACCGAUGUCGGGACCAUAAUCAUGUCGCAGGGGCGAACCAUAAUGCGCAUGACCUAUAUUCGGGACUGUAGCAGGAAGCCGAGUGACACAAUUUCGGCAGUUCGUGCUUGGCCGCCUAGAAUAAUCGGUGUCACCGUGUCCUUCAAUUCGAAAAGAAAUAAAAUCAAGGCGAAAUAAUGGAAUAUCGGAAGCUUCUGGCCCAGAUUAAAGGGGAAGAAGAAAAAUUGAAAAGGGAGGCUGACCGAAAACGGGUGCUCGCCGAGCAAAUAGAAAGACUAAUUGAAGAAUUCGAUAGAUCGGAAAUAGCGCAGCCUCCUCCAAUUCCGACCAGACCAGAGCACGAAGCAACAUCGGCACCUCCUUUACGCCCACAACAACUUCCCAGGGGUUGGGUACCAGCCGGCACUAGUGGAAAUGUCGCGCAACAGAUGACAGGGGCCAUACAUCGCUCCCAACAACCGAAGAUACCGGAGGCCAUCGGGAUUAAUAACCCUUCCCAGGGACGAGAGCAACAAAUCGACCAGAGGCGGGGACCAGACGAGAGCUGGAAGGAGUUCCGCCUUCGAACCGGGGUACAUCGGCCACCCAAAUAUAUCAGGGACAAAGCCAAGGUCAAGUAUGAAACGCCUGCAGAGAGAGGGCGAAGGGAAGCCCGAGAGGAUAAAGAGAUGGCCCAACAGAAGGCCAUCCUGCAGGAAACCCAGCAAAGGAAGCAGAGGGAGGCGGAAGAAUACGAGAGAGCUAGGGAGGAACGCCGACAAGCCCUGAUCAGAGAAGAGAAACGCUUGGAGGAAGAAAAGAAGAAACAACUCCGACAGGAGGCUACUAGCGUAGCCCUCGACACGGUUGAAGACAUCUGGGGACGCACAUGGGGUCAGUACCAAAAUAACCAAAGUUGGCGGUUGAACCACCUCCCCGAGAUAACGGAAACAGCCCGCCGCAGGAUGUGGUGUCGCAGAUGCGGUCAACGGGGCCAUGAAGAGAAGUCGUGUCCCGAAGCAACCGAAUAAAUUUUUUCUUCUCUCCUCUUUUCUCUCUAUCUUACGAGACAGAGUAAGCUCGCGGAAUAGGGUGAAAAACAGCCCCACAUGAACCGUAACCGAGUCCAAAUUUAUUUAAACUUUCGAGUUUGGUUAAUUAAGUUUUUUAUUUUCUUUUUGGCUCAUAAUAACUUUGGUUUUCUUUCUCUUUUUGUUUCUUUCGGACAUUCGGGAUUACUUCAAGUAAAAAGCGAGUCUUACAUACUAAUUUUUUUUUAUCUGUAUCUAAUAUUGCCCUUAGUGGAUCUUGUUUUGUUUUUUUUUCUUCUCCAAUUCUAUUGAAAGAGAAUUGGAAGUAUCCCUACUUUAGAUAAAGGAUUACUCCCAACAAUUUCCAGAUAAAUAAAGAGAAUUCAUUUUGGAAAUUAGACAUAUUUGUAAUUUUUUCUUUUCCAUUGUUACCCGUUAUUUCUUUGUUUUAUUUUAUUAUUGCUGCUUCGCGCCAACUAUGAGAACUUCGAGAGAAAUAUUCAAGUAUCUAAAACGAGAAACGAUCAAACGUAAGAGAAGAGACAUUAAAGUCAAAUUAACAGGUUGGAAGAUCGGACCUUGCAGGUAUUAAGACAAUAACUUUACUUACUAUUUAUUUUUGUUUUCUGUUUCUCUUUCCAAAGCAUCUUAUAUUCUGUCAGAUUGAUUGUGCAUUACGGAGUCCCAGGGGAAAAGAAUGUAGUAACACCCAUUUUACAAUAGGGUUGACGAGUGACCCCUGUUCAGACCGCGGGCCCAGAAAUUUUGGGACAUUGUUUCGGCUAGACCG